CAAAUGAUGGAAGGAGUUUGAGAUUCCUUCUCUCUAGCUUUGUAGUUUUGUAAACGAAUAAGGGACAUCAACCUGGUCUAACUACUGGCCUACUGCAUAAAACCAGCAGUGUUUGGGUCUUUGUCACCUCAAAACCUUCCCUCAUGUUCCAGCUGGUGGCCUUGCUGGCCAGAUCCCAACAUGCUCACAGCCUCCCUGUUCUAGUCUCCCUCCUCAACAGCCAUGAGCUGCAUCAUUGCCUUGUGAGUGGCCACCCUUGUAUCCACGUGAGAAAAGCCAGACAUCUUGUGGUCCUGACAGGAAGCAGGCAGAGGGAGGUGUCUGCAAAUGGGUGUCAAACUGACGGUAUUGUAUGAGGUGGACUUCCAUACCCUGUGUCAUACCUCCUUGGUCUGCCAUGGUAGGCUUUGCACCAUAAAGGCUGGAAGUCUCUUUUUGGCCCUGUAUUCAUUUUAAUGGGGGACUUGUUUGUUGUCUUGGUGCAAGUGCAGCCUUCCUGAGCUGUGUGAGAGGAUGUUUUCAGUGGCAGGAUCCCUUCCCUUAAAGCCUGUUCCUCAGUCUGCCACCAGCUUGCAAUGUUCAUCAUACUUUAAAGGAAACACAGGCAUUCAUUUCAUUUCACCCACGUGCUAGCUGUCAGCCAGGGGGAGGCAGGGAGAUGUCAGCCCCGCCACCAGGCGAAAUUCCCGGGGGGCGAGCUCACGCUUGGUGCGUGCAGAGCUGAAGCGGACGCCCCAAACGCGUCCCGUUGAACAUAACCGUGGCUGCAGGAGGGCAGCAUCAGGGGGCCUGGUGCUCCCCGGGAGCGCAAAAACCCCUCGCUCUUUGUGACCACCGGGGAGGGAGCGGUCCUGCGGGGCAGGGCGGGGGGCAGUGCGGGCAGGACCGGAGCCGGGAGGUGCUCUCCUGCCUCUCCUUUCUAACCCCGCCGCCGGGCGCUCUGCGGGAGGCGAGCCCGUGCGGGUGUGUGCGGGUGGCGGUGCCCGGGCCGGGUCGGGCCGGGUGGCGGCGGGUGCCGGGCGGGAGCCGCGGCCGGGCGGGAGAUGCCCUUGGCCCCGCCCCCGGCGCGCGCGCGCCACCACCCCGCCACUCGGCUCGCUCCUCGCCUGCCAAGGAGGGAAAAUGGGACCGGGGCCGGCCCCGCCCGCCGCGGCUCGGAUUGGCCCCCGCCUCCUGCCGGCCUUCCCCAUUGGCCGCAUCGGCAGGGCCGCCGGCCCCCGAUUGGCCAUCAUGGUUUUGGAUACCAAAUUCAAAGUUUUUAAAAGUACCCGGCGAGGGCGGCCGCGCACUCACUGCUCGCGGGACGCAGCGGCCGCAGCCCUGCAGGAUACAAACAAAGCAAUGAAAUCAAAUAUUAGCCACUCUUUCAAAAUGAAAUGCAGUUUUGGUUGUACGUCUCUUCACACUAGCUUCGUGCCAUCAAAGUCUGCUGGAAAAACAAGACUGGAAGAGUCCUGCCCCUCAAAUUUUGAGGAAGGUUUGUGUAAAAGCUGUGCUGAAGAGCAUCAGAAAAUACUCCUUAGUGAAUCAUAUCCUGCAGCCCCCAGAAAUCUAGAUCUUGAAGAUGAAGGAAGGCCUGUACAUAACAAAGAAAACAAACAAAUAAACCAAAGACUUGAUGAAGGGAUCUAUGAAGUGGAGGCACUGGAAAAUAGUAAACUUAAUGAGGACAGUGGUUAUUCCUCUAUGUUAAGUAAUCAAUUCAAUGAUGCAAUAGAACAUGAAGAUAGUAUACCCUUGGCUGGAAAUCUCUGUGGCACACCAGAGCAUUGUCUCGUGAAGAACCAAAACCAAGUACAGUUUUCAAAGAAGACUUUGUUGCCAGUAAUCCAUUAUGAAGAAAUGAUUUGCUCAACUUUGAAAAAAAGUGGUAAAAGAAAUCUUAAAUCUUGGACUGCUGUAGACAGAAUUUUUAGGGGAAAGUUUGAAUUUCACAACCUAAUUGGAAAGAAAAUGGGGUUAGAUAGAAUAGACAUUCUUGCUGAACUCUUCCAAAAGAACCUGAAGCAUAUAUUAGCAAACAUUUUAAGGCAUCUCAGUGACAUGGACUUAAUAAAUUUUGCCAAAGUCAGCACAAUGUGGAAGAAGAUUCUGCAAGAAGAUAAAUGGGCUUUCCAAAUGUAUAGUAAAGCUGUGAAAAACCUUUCUGAUGGUACUAACACAUCAGAACAUGCUGCAACAAGGGAGUACGUUCUCUACCGGGCUGCUUUAGCUUCAGUUCAGAAAGCAGCCCUGCCAAACAGCCUAAGUAAAAAAGGCAGCAGAUCCAAAGCAUCGAAGAAUCACAGUAGGCUCAUGGAGUUUUCUGAGGCUGCAAAGACUUUGAAAAACACUGAAAGCCUUAAAGUCUGCCAUCGCUGUGGCUCACCUGCAAAAUAUGACUCCUACCUGCAAAGAGCAACGUGCAAUCGUGAAGGCUGUGGCUUUGACUUCUGCACAAGGUGCAUGUGUUGCUACCACAGCUCCAGUGACUGUGUGAGCGGCAAGCCAGUGAAACCAAACUCUAAGAUAGGGCCACUUCCUGGGACUAAGAAAAGCAAGCAGAAUCUGCGCCGAUUGUGAUCCAUUCCCAUACACUUUGUCAGAUGUGCCAUAAGAGAUUUCUAGGACAUAAAUUUUUCCACAAAGAAAACAAAGCCUAAAGAUGCGUUUGCAUUCUGCCAUUAUUCUAUAUUUAAAAAAAAAAAAAGUUAAUUUUAUAAUUCCAUUUAGUCAUUCUCAAAUUCCUAGGAGUUGUCACAAAUAAACAUUUUAAAAUGUCUUACUAAUUUCCAGGCUUUUAAAAAAAUACAGGACAUGGAUUCUAGUAACAUUUUAAAUAUUGUCUUGACAAUUUUUGUCUACCGUGUUCCAGUCUC